AAAGAGAGAGAGAGGCAGAGCGAAAGAGAGAGAGCGGAGGGGGGCGUGGCGUGGUGUGGUUGGGCAGAUGGUUCCUUCUGGCUCCCUUGCACUCGACGUUUACUCCUCAAACCGAUCACCGGGAACCCCUACUUUACCAGCCUUCAACCGUGUGUAAUUAAUUACCCGAUUCUACUUAAUGAGGUGAGCCCUGGGCACCGAGCGUGCUAGCCAAUAACCAUGCUGCGCCAAUCUGAGCCUACCAAUAGCACGUUGCACCUUGUUGCUACGGAUAUGAGUGAAAUUAUGGAGAAUUUGGACACUCGUGAGCUGUACCUAGGAGACGGGGAAUAUAACACUACGGACUUUAAACUCCCAGAGGAGCGUCGGGGCUUUGCGUCUGUCUACAAUACUGUGGGGUUUAAGGAGGCAGAGGUCAAGGUGUUUCUCUCCUCUCCCAUCACCGCUAAGAUACUAGAAGUGGAGAGAUUCACCUCUGCACAGGACCGCUUCAAUAUCACAUCACAGCGCAGUGUCAACAAGAGUCUGCCUGCGGUAUUUAAGAUUGAAAUGAGACAUGGAGAGUUCAGCUGGGUGGUCAAGAGGAAGGAGAAACACUUCCUGGACCUCCAUAGAGAACUGCUCCGAUACAAGACUUUCAUGAGAAUACCACUACCCUCCCGCAGCCACACAGUGAGAAGGCAUAGUGUUCGGAGGUCAGAGGUCAGGGCCAUGCCCACUCUGCCACGGGGGAGCGGGGAUGAGCUGGCCCGGGAGGAACAGGUGUCCAGCAGGAGGAAAGCAUUGGAGGACUACCUGAACAAGCUGCUGAAGAUGUCUAUGUACAGAAACUACCAUGCUACGAUGGAGUUUAUAGACGUCAGCCAGCUAUCCUUCAUCCAUGAUCUGGGACCUAAAGGCUUAGAAGGGAUGGUGUACAAGCGGUCAGGUGGUCAUCGUAUCCCAGGACUUAACUGCUGUGGUCAUAGCAAGAUGUGCUACCGCUGGUCCAAACGCUGGUUGGUGGUGAAGGAUUCGUUCCUCCUCUACAUGAAGCCAGACUCGGGAGCCAUUGCCUUUGUUCUCCUGGUGGAUAAAGAGUUCUGCAUCAAAAUGGACUCCAAAGACACAGAGACCAGACACGGAGUACGGAUUGAUAGCCUUUCCAGGGCCCUGGUGUUGAAAUGCAGCAGCUACAGACAUGCCAGGUGGUGGGGUCAGGCCAUCGAGGGCUUCGUCCAGAAGCAUGGCUCUGCCUUCCUGACCGACCACCGCUUCGGUUCCUUCGCCCGACAGGAGCACAACAUCCCAGCCAAAUGGUAUGUGAAUGGGAAGACCUACAUGGCCGACGUGGCAGACGCUCUGGAGGAGGCUGAAGAAGAGAUCUUCAUCACUGACUGGUGGCUGAGCCCUGAGAUCUUUAUGAAGAGGCCGGUUGUCGAGGGAAACCGCUGGCGCCUUGACUGCAUCCUGAGACGCAAAGCGCAACAGGGAGUGCGUAUCUUUGUGAUGCUGUAUAAGGAGGUGGAGCUAGCUCUGGGCAUCAACAGUGAAUACAGCAAGAGAACACUAAUGCACCUCCACCCCAAUGUCAAGGUGAUGCGUCAUCCGGACCAUGUCUCCUCCUCUGUAUACCUGUGGGCGCAUCACGAGAAGAUCAUCAUCAUCGACCAAUCAGUGGCCUUCGUGGGUGGGAUCGACCUGGCUUACGGUCGCUGGGAUGACAGAGAGCACCGUCUGACGGACGUGGGGAGUGUGACGCGCUCUGUAGCCCUGGAGCAGGCUGAGGGAUCCUCCUUCAAGAUGGCCACCGCACCGACCAGUAGUUCUGCCCCUAGCAAUGGGAAGGGUGCUACUGCCCUGGUAGUGGACUCAGGGGACCAGCCCAAGUUGAAGGGUCUGGGGAGAAUUAGGAGGACAGGGUUCAGUAUGAAGAGACACCUGCAGAAACAUGGACUGGCCCACGCCGACUCUGUUAGCAGUGUGGAUAGCUCAGAAGAGAGUUGGACGAACAGCGUCAACAGCCAACACAAUCUGAUCCUUACUAGAGGGGUGGAGCUGAGACUGGCCCCUCCCAUUGGGUUGGCACAGGCUGAGACGGUGCGUAGCAUGCAAACAGGAAUAGGAGGAGUAGGAGAGUUGGUUGGAGAUACAAGAUUCUGGCAUGGGAAAGACUACUGCAACUUUGUAUACAAAGACUGGAUCCAACUGGACAAGCCCUUUGACGACUUCAUUGACAGGCACACCCACCCCAGGAUGCCGUGGCAUGACAUCGCCUCCGUGGUUCAUGGGAAGGCUGCCAGGGAUGUGGCCAGACACUUCAUCCAGCGCUGGAACUUCUGCAAGAUAAUGAAGCCAAAGUAUCGUUCUCUCUCCUACCCGUACCUCCUGCCCAAGUCUCACACUACCGCAGGAGAGAUCAGAUACCAGGUCCCCAACUGCAUCCCUGCAAAAGUACAGAUCCUGCGCUCAGCAUCUGACUGGUCAGCUGGUAUAAAGUACCAUGAAGAAUCCAUCCACAACGCCUACGUCCACGCUAUCAAGAACAGCCAACACUACAUCUACAUAGAGAACCAGUUCUUCAUCAGCUGUACUGAUAACAGACAUGUCUUCAACAAGAUAGGAGACGCCAUCGCUGAACGCAUCAUCCAAGCAUACAAGGAGGGUAAGAAGUUCAGAGUGUACGUAGUGACCCCCUUGUUGCCCGGCUUCGAAGGAGACAUCAACACCGGAGGAGGCAGUGCCAUUCAGGCUGUCAUGCACUACAACUACAGAACCAUGAACAGAGGAGAUUGUUCCAUCAUAUCUCAGCUGAAGAGAGAAAUGGACGAGCAGUGGAUGAACUACAUCUCGUUCUGUGGUCUGAGGACCCAUGCUGAACUGGAGGGACGCCUGGUCACAGAGCUCGUCUACGUCCACAGCAAGAUGCUCAUCGCAGACGACAACACCGUCAUCAUAGGUUCGGCCAAUAUCAACGACCGCAGCAUGUUGGGGAAGCGUGACAGCGAGGUGGCGGUGAUCGUCGAAGACUCGGAGACCGUUACCGCGGUGAUGGAUGGACAGGAGUACCAGGCUGGUCGCUAUGCACUGGCACUACGUCUAGAGUGCUUCAGGACUAUCCUAGGGGCCCAUACUGAUCUGUCUAUAGACGUGUCUGACCCUCUCAGUGAUCACUUCUACAAGGAGAUUUGGAUGACCACCUGUGCUCGCAACGCCACUAUCUAUCAGAAGGUGUUCCGGUGCCUUCCCUCCAGUGAUGUCAGGAACAUCCUGGAACUGGAAGGCUAUCUGGCCAAGCCGGGGUUGGAGAGGGAGGAUUCUGCACGCGCUCAUGAGGAGCUGAAGAAGAUCCGUGGCUUCCUGGUCCAAUUUCCGCUCGACUUCCUAUCUGAGCAGAAUCUACUUCCUCCCAUCGGCUCCAAGGAGUCCAUGGUCCCCAUGGAGGUUUGGACCUGAGACCGAGACCAGAGACUUUACACACACACACACACUCCACAUUCUACACCAGAGAACUCUACCAGUGUCUGGAGUGAUGAGGUCAUUCCACUCUGGAGUGUUUGUCUGAAAAGCAGACAGCACCUUCACGUUUACAUUAAAAAGAAGAUGACAAAGGAGGAGGAGAGGACAAUGGAGUGAUUAACUGUGUGACCUUACACAUACCUGUCUGUGUAGUUUAAGGGAAUGUAACUGACUCCUCUGUAACUGUUCUGUACUGUUUACUAACACUAUGGAUCGCCGUGAGGGCUGGAGAACGCAGCUCAGACUCCUCUGCGUGAUGUUUCUAUGAAAACAUACUAAGGCCUUAGAAUAAUGUAAGACAAAAAAAGACAAGAGGGAGAAAAAAAAGGAGAGUGUGAUAUCGGAGACUGUUAGAAAGGGAGGGGGGGGGGGGGGGGGAGUUGAGAGAGAGCUCUGUGCCCUUGCAGUCACAAUGUGCAGGUGAAAUCUUAAAGCCCUGCCCUUAACACCAAAAUGAAAUCACAUGAACUCAACACAAGUGCCAAUUAUUGAUACGGUAAUGUUAAUGCAGUAUACCUUCUCUUACUUUCCUCAUAUUCAUUCUGUGGAUUUCAGACUAUGACCUUAAGGAUCUCUGUUUCUAAUAGCGUGCCUUUAGGUCUCUAGAGGGCUAGACACCCUGUACAAUAGCAAAACACAAAGGGACAUUGUAUUCCAUCUUGGAAUGUUGUAUGAUGCUGCACGUAGCUGUUAGCAUGCUAGCUAGUCACUGCACGUAUCCAUUAGCAUGAAAACAAGUCAGUCUGCUGUGUGUUGCUGGUAACUUGUCAUGUUAGCUACCAGUCCAUGCAAUCAUUAGCAUGCUAGCUAGAUUCAGUUCAUUUUUAGCUACACCCGGCAUGUAGCUACAGUAGCAAGGUUGGUCUUAAUUCUAAUUGAAGACAGUCAGUUCAGGAAGUGAUUUUGUAUUAAAAUAAAAUUGAAAUAAAUAGCUGCUUCUUUUCAGUUUGAGAAGUCCUUGAAAAUAAAUGCUAUUUUUUUCCGAUAAUUUAUUUGUAGUUUACUUUGAAUUGAGCCCAACCCUGGUAGCUAACUGAUUUGCUUACUGUUUGCUUGCUAGUAAAUGGCUGGACUGUGGUCAUUAUACCAAAGUUAAGUUAUCUUCUUACUUUAUUGAGUGUAACAGUUCUGUCAGAGAUAAGAGGUCUCCAUGGGAGGAGGUCCCAACUCAUAACGGUCUCAUAUCAGAAUGUAUCAACAAUGCUCUGUCCCCCUUUCUCUCUGUUCAUUUAUUUUCUCUGUUCUGUUGUUGUUCCUCUUUAGGACAUUUCUCUUUCACUCUACCUUUCAUUAGCCUGUUUCUAGAAAUUGCACUUUUUGCACAGACUGAUUGUGUCUUGUAGGAAAACCCAAAUACUGAUAAUUCACGUAUUUAAUUAUUUGUGCGUUGAUGAAAUGAAUAUUAACUAUUAAACAUUUCUGUUUUU